UCUCUGCAUCCUCUCUCUCUCUCUCUCUCUCUCUCAAAAGAGUUUUGUAGCAGGAUAUAUGGGGAGAAAACCUUGCUGUGAGAAGGUUGGGUUGAAGAGAGGCCCAUGGACAAUUGAUGAAGAUAACAAGUUAAUGAACUUCAUCCUCAACAAUGGCAUACAUUGCUGGCGGCUAGUUCCCACGCUUGCAGGUCUGAUGAGAUGUGGGAAGAGCUGCAGACUACGAUGGAUUAACUAUCUAAGACCAGAUCUUAAGAGAGGAGCAUUUUCAGAGGUGGAAGAGGAUCAACUUAUCCAACUUCAUGCACGUCUGGGUAACAGAUGGUCGAGAAUCGCUGCACAUUUCCCCGGCCGUACAGAUAAUGAAAUCAAGAACCACUGGAACACUCGAAUCAAGAAGAAGCUCAAGCUCCUUGGUUUAGAUCCUUCAACUCACAAGCCAAUAACCCAAUACCCCAAAAGUUUUGACAUGGAAGCUGAACCAAUUGCAGAGUCUAGUUGUUCAUUGAGAGAGCAAGAGAAUAAUUUCAAUGUUGUGACAUUUGAUAAACAACAACAACAAAUAGAAGAGACUCUGGGGCUUCAGAAGAAACAAGAUCAAGACUUUCAUGAACUGCACUCAAAUGAAAGUAGAGUAAAUCUUUCUCAUGGUUAUGAAGUGUUGUGGGAGACCAUGGAUGUGGGAUCAGAGCUAUACCCAACAAUUACUAAUCCCUCUAAGUCUAAUGGUUAUAGCCUUUCAUUUUCUUUAGAUGUUUCACUUAAUCAAUCCAUGGAUGAACCCUCAUCCUUACAAGAAAAUUCUAGGCAACGUUGGGUUGAUAAUGUGGAUUCUGUGCUUCCAUGGGAUGGAUUCCUUACUAUAGAGGACAUUUUGUCUUUUGGGAAAUUACCAGUAAAUUAAGCUAUGUAUCAGUCUCUGUACCACUAAGGUUCUUAAGGUUUCAUUGAUGAUUAAUCUUAAACCAAUUGGAGGGAAUGGAAAGAAAGAAUUGUACACAUUAAAUUUCAAUGUUUGUACUAUUGUGGUGUGCCAUUGAGACAGUAAAUUAUUGGCUUAUUCUUU